ACGGUCUAUUUCCCCACGAGAUGUAUCGCAUCAUAACAGAUAGAGCCCAAUCUUUAACCUGGGUUUAUAUGUCUCUGAAACCAUAGAUUGAAGCCUAAAUCUCCCUAAAUCCAUAGUUUUCUCCUAAUUACCCAUAAAUAUUAGUUUUGCUCGGUUAGUGUUUACCAAACCAAGAUGAACCAACUAAAAACGAAAUUAAACCAAUUUCAAUCCAAUAACAACUAAUUGAACAUGACCCGACCAAACCCACCCAACCCAACUUUCUUCUUCACCCGAUUUGUUUUCUUCAUCUUCUUCCCUCAUCUGUUUUUUUCUUUCUUUCUUUUUGAAUUCAUUAUCUUCAAUCUCUUGAGUUUUGAUGUGACUUGAAGAGUAUAAAUCUAAUAACCUUUGAAACUAGAUUAUAUUUUUCAUGAUUUUUCAAAUCAAAUCCUCAAAAAGACGAAUCAUUUACAUAUUGAAAUCAAAAUUCCCAAAUUGAAAUCUAUACCUCUUUCCAUAUAUCAAAUUGAGAGAGCAUCUGUUUCAUUACCCAUUCUGAAAUCAAAUCAACCAAAUUAGGCUUAAAUUAAACACAUAUAAUUGAUGAAUUUAUGCUCCUGUCUCAUUCUUAGAUCACGUUUUGCUUUCCGAUCUCUCCAAUGGAUUAAAUAUCCAAUUAUAUCCAAAUAAAUAGAUAUGUUGUUUGUUCAGGAAAAUGUUUCGAUUGUGGAUCAUUGGCUCGUAAACGGGACGCAUUAUGCAAAGACAAGUGAAGAGUGGCUCAAAAGAAUGGACAAGGAGAUAGUUGCAAUAAAAGAGAUAAUGGAAGUGACAUAUGGGAAAGAAGAAGCAGUGAAGUGGAUGGUUUACUGGAGAACCUUCUUCAUCGCGGUAGCUGAGCUUUUCGGGUACAACAAUGGAGAAGAGUGGAUGGUUGCACACUUCCUCUUCAAGAAGAAAUGAUGAUUUCUUUAUUUUCUUCUAUUUUUCAAUAAAGAACUGAAACAUGAAUAUAUAGAACUGAAGAAGAGAAGCAGAGGGAAUUACUGAGAGACAGUCUCUGUACUUUUUCCACUCGGCAACACACUCUUCUUUAUCCCAUUGCCCUUUAACAAACUUCUCCGAGUACCCAUCGGUUACUCAACAAACUUCUCUGAGUACCCAUAGUUAAUCAACACUAGGAUCAGACUCCAAAAUCAACACUAGGAUCCGCCAAACCCCAAAAUCACCCCUAGGCAAUUUCUCUCUAGGGUUCUUUCUUUCGAUUUGGGGAUUUUUGAUUUUAGGGUUUUGAUUUGGGGAUUUCGGUUUUAGAGAGUAAAUCGGGUCGUAAUUGGGCAGAACUCUGGUUUAAUCGGGUUAUAAUAAGGUUUAGUUGGUUCGUUAAUCGUUUUUGAA